AUUAUGAAAGAGGGGAUACAGUACGCAAGGAAAAAGGCACAGCGAAUUGUUUUUAAGCCUAUUUAAGCUUGUUAAUAAGAAAAUUCUAUAUUUGAAAUUGUGCACCAAACUCUUUAUAGCAUUUAUUUUAAUUAAUUAAUUAAUUAAUUAAUUAAUUAAUUACUUUUCCACAUAAUUUAUCCAUCUCUCUGUUUUCCUCAUUUUGAUUUGAUCCCAUUGAUGAUUCAACAAAUUUCUCCUUCUCUACCAUUCUUCUUCUUCCUUUCCCAAAAUUAACAGCAAUUUCACCACUCUAUCGCAACCCCCUCAAGUAAAUUUCACAUAUAGAAUGUCACAAACUCAGUAGACACUAAAGGAAAAACUAAAUAAGUUCACACAGAAGAUGACAUCGACGCAAAUGGAAGUGAUUCAGAAGAAAUUGACAAUGCUAAAUUACUCACAAGCGAAUGCCCCUGCACAGUCCCUCCUAUUUGCUGGCAUGGAGCGCUAUGCCCUUUUGGAAUGGCUCUUCUUUCGGCUAUUGGGUGAUAAGUCACCCUUUUCCCAACAAAACAUACAAGGGGACGCCCUUGAUGGUGACGAGGAGACAGCUCUAAUUCAGCACUUGGCUGAAAUUGCUAAGUUCUUGGAUAUUACGACAACUGUAGAUACAGAAGCCAUUCAAGGACAUGGAAGCUAUGAAGAGCGCGCUGAAAUGCUUCGUCAUAUUGUAGAUCUAGUGGAAGUAACUAUCCAUGCUGAUAAUCCAGAAUGGAGUAUUGACGAGCAGGUAGCCAAGGACAUCCAACUGAUAGAUUCCAUUGCAGAGAAACAGGCGCAAAUAUUUUCUGAAGAAUAUAAAUUGUUUCCUCCAGAUUUUCAGAUUCAGUCCAUAUAUCCAAUGCCAGAUGUUUCUGAGUUGGAGUCCAAGCUUUCUGAACAAUCAAAAAUAUUGUUGAAUCUUCAUCAAAAAGUUGAUGACUUGGCGUCCAAGCAUGCUUACAAUCCAUAUGAGGAGUAUGCUGAGGUGGAAUCCCAACUGCGGGCACAUCUUCAAUCAUUCCUACAAACUGCCAAGACAUUCAACUUGAUUUACACCAAGAUUACCAUGGCAACAAAUACAUCAGGAAAUUUAUCACUGCAAUCUCUCCUUGAGAAUGACAAAUUAUCUAUAACAAACUUUCCGGAAUGGUACAGUAACCUGAGGAUUGUCCUCAAGCAUGAGAAAAAAUUGUAUGUACUUGAACAAAAACUUCCCGAACUACCUGCUGCCACUGCCCCUAAGGCUGAUAAGGAUGCUUACAAGAAGCAUUUCGAUGAUGCACAUGAUAUUGGCUGUCUCAUGCUUGCUACCAUGAACUCAGAGUUGCAAAAGCAACACGAGAACAUGGAGGCUUAUGAUAUGAUCAUGCACCUCAAAAUGCUCUAUAAAGAGCAAGCAAGAUAUGAAAGGAUUGAGGUUUCCAGAGCCCUUUUCCGAUGCAAGCUGGCAGAAGGAAACCCAGUUGGUCCUCAUGUGCUCCAGAUGAUUGGGUACAUUGAGAACCUAGAGAGAUUGGGUUACCCUUUGGGCCUUGUGUUGGCCACUGACUUGAUCCUGCAAUCGUUGCCGGAUAGUUAUAGUCAACUUGUCAUGAACUACAUCAUGAACAAUAUUUACAAGACUCUGCCCGAACUUGCUAGCAUGUUGAGAACUGCUGAGCAAAUUCUCAAAAAAGGAAAAGGGAAGACCAUUUUGAUGGUCCAAAAUGGAAAUGAGCACAAGGACAUGGGCAAGAAAAAGUUCAAGCCAAGUACUUCUAGCUUGAAACCUGUGGGAGGGGUGACAAAGAAGGGUACCUGCUUCCAUUGCGGUCAGAUCGGACAUUGGAAAAGGAAUUGCACGAGGUAUUUAGAAGAGUGCAAGAAGAGGAAAGUAAGUGAUGCUUCUAUUAAGGAAAUUCGGCCAUGGACGCACAUGAUGGAAGUUCCACAACUUCAUGGGUUUGGACCAGCUGCUAGUCGACUAUUGGAGGCUUACAAAAUGCUUUUGAAGUUUCUUAGGAACCUAAGGAAUCUUAGAGACUCACAUGGAGCUCUUGCUUUUGGAUAUUCAGAAACUUCUGAAGGGCCUUCUUCUGUUACAAAAAUAAUCUCUGAAUGUGAAUCUGCAUUGACAGACUUAAAUCGCGGUCUUCGAAUUCUAUCUACUUCCAUUGCUCGUCAGCAGGGAGAGAAGAUGAGCACUUGAUAAAACAAUAUCAGAAAUAAAAUUAGUCCUUAUUCUUUUGGUUUACCAUAGGAUAAUAUUGGUCUAGUGAUAAAAAGUUGACAUACACAUCAAUUUUAACAAUAGGACAACUUUCUAUACAUAGUUUUUUAUUUUCACGCUAAAUAAAAUAGAAAGACAAGAUUGCAGGCCUCGGGGUUCGAACCCCGGACACUCCACUUGUUCACCUUUAACAUGGAAUUUUUAGCCACUAGGCUACUAGACCUAAUAAUAAAAAGAAGACAAGAUUACAUAUUAGAAUGUUUAGUAUGGUUUCCACCUCAAAGUUCUAUACUUUUUUCCUCCAUGAUGUUCAUAUACAAAAUCAAGCUGAGGAAUGAUCCUAUAAAGCAUGUCAUCAACCUUCUUGGAAUACCACAUCCUCCAUCUCUUCCACAGAAUAAGGGGAAGUAUCAAAAUUCCAAAACCAAAAGUGAAUCCCAACUCAGCACUUAAGAAAUUCCAAUCAAUAUUUGAUCUCUCAUAAUUUGUUUCAGAUACUUGUGGUUGUGUUUCUGGUGAGUACCCUUUUCUCCCAUUGGAAAUUUGAGUCAAAGGAGGUCCAAAUAGCCUUUCGUUUCCUAUAAAUGAAUCUGCUUGAAAGGACUGAAUCUGUGUUCCAGUUGGUAUUUUUCCCACCAAGUGAUUGUAUGAAAUGUUCAUAACUGCAAGAAAUGAUAAACUUGCAAGCUCUGUAGGAAUCUCUCCACUUAAGGAAUUCAUGGACAAAUCUAAGGACUCAAGAUGUUUUAGAUUGCUUACAAAAGAAGGUAUCUUACCUGAGAAAGUAUUUUGUGACAAGUUAAGAGCAUGCAGUCCUAUAAGAUUCAUAAGCUCUUCAGGUAUUGGUCCUCCAAAGUUGUUGGAUGAGAGAUCCAAUGAAGUAAAAGCAAUAAGAAUUUUAACCAAAUUCAAUGUUCUACCUUUGUUAACAAUUGUAACUGAAUCAUCAUAAUUGCUACGAGCAUCUCCUUCAUCAAAAACAUGAGAGAUUACAUGAUAAAGCAAAAAAGGUGGUUCUUUUGCUAUAAUUUUAGCCAACUUCAUUUGUAACUCACUGUUGAGAUUUGACAAACAUAGCAUUGUAGUUAUCAUAGAGAUUAAAAAAUAUAUGACCAAACUUGUCACCUUUAUCUUCAUCAAUCAUCAAAGCUUUCCAA